AGGAGAUCCCGGAAGCGAUUGGAGAGGCGGAAGUUGGGGACUCAGCGGUGCAGAGCUGGCUGCAGACUGAACUGCACCACUCGCACCGGGUAACCUCGGCCGGAAUUAUGAUCCACAGCUUGUUCCUCAUCAACUCCUCUGGGGACAUCUUCCUGGAGAAGCACUGGAAGAGUGUGGUGAGCCGGUCGGUUUGCGAUUACUUCUUCGAGGCGCAAGAGAAGGCGAGCGAGUCGGAGAAUGUGCCCCCCGUCAUCCCGACUCCGCAUCAUUUCUUAAUCAGCGUCUACCGGGAUCGCAUCUUCUUCGUGGCUGUGAUCCAGAGUGAGGUGCCGCCGCUGUUUGUCAUCGAGUUUCUCCAUCGGGUGGUUGACACGUUUCAGGAUUAUUUUGGAACCUGUUCAGAGGUGGCAAUCAAAGACAAUGUUGUGGUUGUAUAUGAGGUGUUGGAAGAGAUGUUGGACAAUGGCUUCCCAUUGGCAACUGAGUCUAAUAUUUUAAAGGAGCUGAUCAGACCCCCUACCAUUCUCCGUACUGUUGUGAAUACCAUUACUGGUAGUACCAAUGUUGGGGACCAUCUCCCCACAGGACAGCUGUCUGUGGUACCCUGGCGCCGUACAGGAGUGAGAUAUGCUAACAAUGAAGCCUACUUUGAUGUGGUGGAAGAGAUUGAUGCUAUCAUUGACAAAUCAGGUUCAACAGUAUUUGCUGAAAUACAGGGUGUCAUUGAUGCUUGUGUGAAACUGACUGGAAUGCCGGAUCUCACCCUCUCCUUCACGAAUCCUCGACUCUUGGAUGAUGUCAGCUUCCAUCCUUGUGUACGUUUCAAGCGUUGGGAGUCAGAACGAAUUCUUUCCUUCAUACCACCUGAUGGCAAUUUUCGUCUCCUAUCUUAUCACGUCAGUUCCCAAAAUUUGGUUGCCAUUCCUGUCUACGUAAAGCACAACAUCACCUUCCGGGAUGGCAGCUCCAUGGGACGGUUUGAAAUUACCGUUGGCCCCAAACAAACAAUGGGAAAGAUGGUCGAAGGUACAGUAGUGACCAGCCAGCUGCCAAAGGUGGUUCUGAACAUGAAUCUCGCCUCCACUCAAGGGAACUACACCUUUGACCCAGUCACCAAGAUACUGUCAUGGGAUAUCGGGAAGAUUAACCCACAGAAGCUGCCCAGCUUGAAAGGUUCCAUGAGUCUCCAGGCAGGUACACCCAAGCCUGAUGAGAACCCCAAUAUUAACAUCCAGUUCAAAAUCCAGCAACUUGCAAUUUCAGGUUUGAAGGUAAAUCGACUGGACAUGUAUGGUGAGAAAUAUAAACCAUUUAAAGGCAUCAAGUACAUGACAAAAGCUGGAAAAUUUCAAGUUCGAACAUAACUCUUCUGAAGGCAACUGCUGCAGCAGCAAGACUCUUUGCCUCCCCGUUUGCUUACCAAUUGAAUCUUCCCUUUUCCUUGUGUGUUAAGUUGUUAUUAGUACAACCAAAUGACAUCGUUAACCGUACUUGAGGGGCUUUUGAGUUGAACUCCAAGUUAACUUGCAGUGUUCUUGACGUGAGCCAAAGGUUUAUACUUGAUGUGCCCUGCUGUGAAAUUUAUUUACGCCUUCCUGACUUUUAAGAAAUGCUGUUUAUUAUCAUCAACUACCUUAUUCUCAAAGAAAAUGAUUUAAAUCUAUUAAAUUCUAACUGGAAACAUAGUUUAUGGGGCAAGAUAAAAGCUGAAAAAUUGCAAAGUGGUGUUAAUUUUGCAUUGCAGGGUUGGCAUACGGAAUAGAAAACGCAGUGUUAUGGAGUGCAGUGAUACUGUGUAGCACCUUCAACCAAACUCUCAAAAAACCAUUGUCCUUUUUUUUAAUGUUGUCAUUAUGUCAGUAACUUAGGAUUCUGAUUUCCGAAGGUGAGGAUUUAAUUUUAUGUUACUCCCCAUCAUGAGGAUAUGUGGUUUUCACGUGAUCUUGUUGUUCUCCCUAAAGGAAAACUGAUAUUCCAAUCUUGAGGCAGCAUAGUUAGUGGUGCACAAAUGCCAUAAAGGCUACAUUUCUGAACCAUGUUGGCUGGUGUCCUUGCAUAACAACAAUUAUGUGCAGUACAGAAUUCUCUCUUGACAUUUUCUUUGAAAGAUGCGUUGUAUUUUCUGCAGUGCAGUGGACUGCUGCAAGGCUAUUUUUUUGGACCAGAUCUUUCAAUCUGUUAUCUUGGUUUAUUUUCCAGACCAUACCCGUACGUUAUAGUUUUAAAAAGUGAAUUGUCAACUAUUGUGUGUCCCUAAUGUCGAUGUGGGAAUGAUUUGUGAAGUCACUGAAAUUAUUCAACGAUUUAUAUAUUCUGUGACUGGAGCAUUUGAGUAUCGGAAUGGGUAUCCUAUUAGAAAGGACCAUACAAAAUAAUCUUAGAAAUGAAGCAAGAUAUGGUGAAUGUUUGUAACAAAAACUUAACUUGAAAGUAUAUGUUUAGACAUCUGUUUGACAUCCUUUCGUCUUUCCUGAUUUUCAGAUCAGAUGUGGAAGAAUGUCUCAUAGAGAAAUAUGCAUUUUCCUGAUUUUCAUGUUGGUUGGCCCUCUUAAUUUGAGGGGCAGUGAAUUAAGCAGGAAACAUCUUCAUUUCGAAGUAUUAUUUGUCAACAAUCUUCAACUACGAUGACAUUACAAUUUUGGUGAAUAAGAUGAUGUACUAAUAGUCAGCUUUGUGAAUUCACAGCACAAAUUGUCAUCUUCACCUGCUCUCUUGCCCUGGAUUAUUUUUCCCCACCCAAUUCUUUGUGGAAUUAUUAAACUUCAAAAGCUGUUGCUAAAGUAAAUAGAUCUUGCAGUUCUCCCAAUAACUUUUUUAUUCUUGUUUACUUUAUUUUUGUUCCACCACCAUUUUGACGUGCAAAACUGGAGAUAGUAAACCUUUUGUUGAUGAAAAUAAUUGAAUUCAACACUGAACACUAUUAACUGAAUUUGAUAAGAAAGUGAGAGAGUAUAUACAGAAAACAAAACAAAGCAAAAUAGACAUGUACUUUUUUUGUCAUCUCAUGAAGACUGAACUUCCUGUAUUUGGUUCAUUUAACCAUGUUGACACCCAAAUAAAAUCAAGUCGAUCCAGUCAUUUAAAGAUGUGACACAGGUUCGUGUGUAACAAACACCAAGAUUACCUGAAACUGUUACCUCAUUACAUCCUUUUGGCAGAUUUGGGUCAUGUCUUGUAUAUGUUUUAAUUUAUUUUCUUUUAAGUAUUUGGAAAUAUUUAACGGAAUGAGUAUUGGUGCAAUUUCCUGUUGGUUAAUGUUAUUCCUGAGUAUGAUUCUGUAAGAAUCUGAUCAUUUUGCUUGAGGUGUGUAUUCUUUAGCAUUAAAUAAAGUAAAACAUUAUUGUAACCGA